CAACAGACCACUCUACGCUCUCACACACACACACACACACUUCAACAGACCACUCUACGCUCUCACACACACACACACACAUACACACCCCCUUUCCACUAAAGUCACUCCGUCAGUGCACAUUAGACCUAUUCACUCCCUCCACACACACACACACUUAACACACGCGAUGGUGGAGGAAUCUUUAUCUGGCCAGCUUCUCUACAUGAUGGGUGUGCUGCUGGCUGUGUUCUCCAUGUCCAUGUCCACCUCAGUGGUGGUGCGUGAGGGUCAGUCGGUCCAGAUGAACUGUUCAUUUGGCGUAAAGGAGACGGGAUUCACCUCAGUCACCUGGCUGAGACAGACCGACCAGUCCACUCCAGUGUCCAUCCUCACAACUUUCUAUGACUACCAGAAGAAUGAGGCAAGCAACGCAAAUUACCACAAUGGAUUCAGCAGCAAACGCUUCACAUGGACUGUAGUGGCCAACAGCAUCUGCACGUUACAGAUCAGAGAUGUGAGUGUGUCUGACUCUGGACUUUACUACUGUGGGAUGCAGCCUGGGGACCACAUGGUCUAUCACAAUGCCACCUACUUAACCAUCACAGGUGUGCUGCUGGCUGUGUUCUCCAUGUCCAUGUCCACCUCAGUGGUGGUGCGUGAGGGUCAGUCGGUCCAGAUGAACUGUUCAUUUGGCGUAAAGGAGACGGGAUUCACCUCAGUCACCUGGCUGAGACAGACCGACCAGUCCACUCCAGUGUCCAUCCUCACAGCUUUGUAUAACUACCAGAAGAAUGAGGCAAGCAACGCAAAUUACCACAAUGGAUUCAGCAGCAAGCGCUUCACAUGGACUAUAGUGGCCAACAGCAUCUGCACGUUACAGAUCAGAGAUGUGAGUGUGUCUGACUCUGGACUUUACUACUGUGGGAUGCAGCCUGGGGACCACAUGGUCUAUUACAAUGCCACCUACUUAACCAUCACAGGUGUGCUGCUGGCUGUGUUCUCCAUGUCCAUGUCCACCUCAGUGGUGGUGCGUGAGGGUCAGUCGGUCCAGAUGAACUGUUCAUUUGACGUAAAGGAGACGGGAUUCACCUCAGUCACCUGGCUGAGACAGACCGACCAGUCCACUCCAGUGUCCAUCCUCACAGCUUUGUAUAACUACCAGAAGAAUGAUGCAAGGAAAGCAAAUUACCACAAUGGAUUCAGCAGCAAACGCUUCACAUGGACUAUAGUGGCCAACAGCAUCUACACGUUACAGAUCAGAGAUGUGAGUGUGUCUGACUCUGGACUUUACUACUGUGGGAUGCAGCCUGUGGACCACAUGGUCUAUCACAAUGCCACCUACUUAACCAUCACAGAUCAGACUGACGCUGAACCUACAGAGAAAGUAAAAGAGAAAGGCUGCUCCCUCAGUGGUGUGUGUACAUCUGUGGUGUUGGCUCUGGGGGUCCUCAGCGCUGCUUUGAUCCUCGUGGUUCUAGUUCUGGUUCUGACCAAACACAAAGAUGGACUCCACUCAGAUCCUGGUGAUGAGACACAGUCUCCUCCUGAGCAGGAGUCCGGCGUGCUGAGAUAUUCAGCUCUGGGAUUGGCUGAGAGGGAGGAGAGGAGGCGGACCUUCCACAGAGAGGACACAGAGUCACGCGUGUUUUACUUUGCUGCAAGAUAAAGACUCAAACUACAUCAUACGUGUGCACUGACGCUGAUGAUUUUACUAUUACACAUUGUUAGUAUUAAAUUAGUGUAGUUUGGUUUACUACUUUAAA